AUGGACGAUCCCUUUCACUCUACCGCAAGCUAUUUGCAUGGAAUCCCAACGCCGUCUGGGACGCACUCCCAGCCGUUGACGCCGCACCAGUCGGCGACCCUGCCGCCACAACGUUAUCGCGCGCAGUCGGCUUCCACGCAUCAGCUACCCCCACUGCCUCCACUCGGCAACGCGACCCAGUUCUCCACAAACACCUACGGGAGCGCCCCCCAGACUCCGCUGACUCCGCAAACCCCAGCGACGUCAGCCCCAUCUCUCACGCACAACCGUUCGCUGCCGACCAUUGCGCCACACCCGCCGCUGCACACCAGCACCUCGAGCUCCUACUUCCUGCCGCACUCGACUGCCCUGUCCAACGGUCAGACCCUGGGUGGCAUCUCCUCGAGCGCGCACGCAAGCAACCCACAUGCCAUUGCCCCGUCGAACAUGACGGCCUCGCUGCAAGACAUUCGCCCCAUGCCCGCAGGUGGUAUCGGUCUGCCCUACAAUUCGUCGCAUCUUCUCUCGCAGCCCCCGAUCUUGCCCAACCAGGAACCCGAGCCGAUCCAUGUCGUGGGUCAGCAGGGUCGGCGUGGCGUUCUUCCUACCGCCAACGGUCGACCGGCUCCUGGUAGCGCCAAGGCGACCCAGAAUCUGACCAAGAAUGCCGACAACAAGUACGAGUGCCCGCACUGCAACAAGACGUAUCUGCAUCUCAAGCAUCUCAAGCGCCAUCUUCUCCGCCACACUGGCGAGCGGCCUUACCAAUGCCAUCUUUGCAAGGAUACGUUCUCGCGAAGUGACAUUCUCAAGCGCCACUUCCAGAAGUGCUCGAUACGCCGCGGCAACCCGACUGGUCAGAACCAUCUGGCGAACUCCCAGGCUCACCUGAGGAAGAAUCGCUCCGCUCAGGGGUCAGGUGACUACAGUCACCUCACAGCCGUGAAUGCACAUGCGCCUGCAUACUCGAACGGCGGCUACACCAACAGCAUGGUCGGCAACUCGGGCUUCACAACCGAGUCGCCGGGCAGCUAUGCUGAGAGCCUGCCCUCCAUGUCGGCUCGCACCUCGCGUGCCAACAGUCUCAUGCAGCCGCAGAGCAACGGCGGCGUGAACGGUCUGAACGGCAUUCACGACCCUCAGCGCAGGAGCAUUUCGCACAUCGAUCUCAUCAACAACACCAACAGCAACCGCAUGAGCUUUGACGCGAACGCUCACGAUUUCAGGACAAACAGCGUCCCCGGUUCGAUCCCCGGGCAGAUGCCCGGUUACACGAUGAACCACAACGAGCAGCUGAACCACCAGUUCAACAACUACCAAGCUGUGUCGAGCGCUAACAUGCACCCGAAUAUGCCGAUGAAGGCUGCUGCUGACGACAACACAGCCAUGUUCAACCGCAACAGCAUGACUGACAUGAACAACACUCAGAACGGCCAGGGAAACGGCAUGGGUUGGGAUAAUCCUUACCAGCAAAAUGGACAACAGGACGCAUUCGGCAUCUCGACUAGCAUCGCUCAGGACCCUGUUGCUAUAAAAGCCGAGACAGACAUGAACCAGAACACCUUCAACCACGGCUCCGGUGAACCCACGCCGGACGGCAUGUUCAGCAACCUUUAUUCCAGUGCGUCGGCUUUCCCCAACACAGAUACCGUGUUUGAAUCUUGGGACUUGAGCUCUUCUGAUCCUCUGCAGAAUAAGGCUGAAGCUUUGAUCGCUUUCUGCUUCCCCGGCGGGACGACCCUCCUUCAACCGAAUGAGGCACAAGCGCUAGACGUCCUGAGGAAAGCCUCAACGCUGGAGAACAUGAAGUCCUUUUUGGAAGGGUUCAAGAACUUUCAGGAACAUUGGCCGCUCAUUCACAUGCCGACCUUCAAUCCGGUCGAGGCCGGCAACGGUCUUCUUCUCACAAUCAUUUGCAUAGGCGCGGUUUACUCAAAGGAUCAAAACAUUUUGCAGGUUAGGGCGCUCAUGGAGUUGGUUAAGUCUGCCAUUCAACGAUCUUUCCGUGUUUGGAGCCUUGUCGAUGGCCCGAAUCAAAACGCCUCCCUCCCCCCGAACGCGACGACCGACAUCGAGGAACUUCAGGCUCUUGUAUUGCUCACCAUGGCGUGUCUGUGGCACGGAAACCCAGAGCAGCGCCAGAAAGCCAGAGAAGAGUUUCCCAAGGUAGCGCUUGCCAUGCGCCAGCUCGAACUGCUCGUUCCUGUCAAGCAAGGUCAAGAAGGCUUCAGCAUCUUGCAUCAUGUUGGUGCUGAGGCCGAACCUGGCCACCUGCAGCAGUGGAAGUGGGAAUCUUGGAUCAUGCAGGAGAAGAGGUCGAGAGUCAUGUACAUGGCUUUCCUCCUCGACUCCGCUCUGGUCAUGUUCUGCAACUCUCGCGCUCAGUUCGACGUUGUCGAGAUUCGACUUCCAUUGCCAUCCGAUGAUGCUGCUUGGGAGGCUCGUAACGCGAGCGAGUGUGCUAGUGCGCUGGGUCUGCACGGUCGCGCUGUGCAGGAACAGAAAAACAUCACAGGCAGCCGCCAGCUCAAGCAGCCCAACAUUGGAGAGGUCCUGAGGGUACUGGUGCAAUCAAACAGCGAACUAUCGGCUCGCUCCACCAACAUCUACUCGAAGUUUAUCCUCAUUCACGCUCUGCAUGUUCACAUGUGGAGUGCUCUCCGCCAAGCUGCCCAGCACGCCACUCCUCCCUCGACCAUUCUGAUGAACAGCCUUCCUUCCAGCGGCUCCAGCACUCCGUCCCAGUCUGAGUUCAGUGGUCUCGAUUCUAGAAGCAGCAGCGUCAGCGUUAGCGGCACCGUCACUCCUGUCGAUAGCAUGGCUGCGCAGAACGCUCAGCAGGCUCUCAAGAUCGUUAGCAAUGCUCUCGAGAAAUGGAAGCGCAGUUGGGAGAUCGACAUGGAGCAGCAAUAUGGUCCAAACUCGCCCGCACGAAGAGGUUAUUGCAGAGAUGGCAUCCACUACUACUGGCUCGCCAACACAAUCUUGCGUCGUCGGAGCAAUGACUGGCUCAAGAUGAAUGCAGAUCAGCGAUUCCAGCACACGAUCCACGUGCUCAAGCAGAUCAAGAACUGGGUCUACUCGGAGCAAUACAAGAUGGGCCAGGAACCAGGCGCGGUAAGCGACAUGGACAACAACUACGGUCUGGAGGACCUACUCUCAGACAUGAAACUCCUGUUUGCGCCUGUCGACAAGGAAAGCACGACGUCACCACACGGAAUGAUCACGAACGGUAGUGCGCCCAACCGUGCAAGCUUCUGA